AAGCCCUGCGGCUCCCGCGGUGCCAGGCCGCUGUCGGACCGGACGCGAGACCCCCGGGGCGGCGGCGUCUCCUCCCGAGCGGGCGGGGCGGGGCGGCUUCGGGCUGGGCGGCGCGGACCGGUUGGGGCCGGUUCCCCGCGCAGGCGCAGGGCCCCAUAAACAGGAAGCGGCGGCUGGGGCGCCCGGGUCGGCGCGGGGGAGCCGGAGACAAAGGGCUGGGCCGGGCCCGGCACAGGCGGGGGUCCCUGGCGGCGCUGGCGGGCGGCAGCAUGGUGCAGAAGGAGGGGCAGGCGGCGCUGGAGGAGCGGGAGCCCCAGGGCAGCCCCAGCCCGGCCGGGGUGCCGGUGGCGCCGCUGGAACCGGCGGGGGCCUCCGCGGGGCCGGGCCCGAGCGGGGAGGAGACGGACACGGAGACCGAGACGGUGGCCGGGGCCCGGCGCUUCCUCUGCGGUGUGGUGGAAGGAUUUUAUGGAAGACCAUGGAUUAUGGAGCAGAGGAAAGAACUUUUUAGAAGGCUUCAGAAAUGGGGACUGAAUACCUACUUGUAUGCUCCAAAAGAUGACUACAAGCACAGGAUGUUCUGGCGAGAAAUGUACUCUGUGGAGGAAGCUGAGCAACUCAUGACCCUAAUCUCGGCUGCCCAAGAAUAUGAGAUAGAAUUCAUCUAUGCCAUCUCGCCUGGACUUGAUAUCACUUUCUCAAAUCCAAAAGAAGUGUCCACAUUGAAACGCAAGCUGGACCAGGUUUCCCAGUUUGGCUGCAGAUCCUUUGCACUGCUGUUUGAUGAUAUUGAUCACAACAUGUGUGCAGCAGACAAAGAAGUCUUUAGCUCCUUUGCUCAUGCCCAGGUCUCCAUUACUAAUGAAAUAUAUCAGUAUUUAGGAGAACCAGACACAUUCCUAUUCUGUCCUACAGAAUAUUGUGGAACUUUCUGCUAUCCAAACGUUGCCCAAUCCCCUUAUUUACGGACUGUAGGAGAGAAGCUGUUACCUGGCAUUGAGGUGUUGUGGACAGGUCCUAAAGUUGUAUCUAAAGACAUUCCAGUAGAAUCUAUUGAAGAAGUUUCUAAGAUCAUCAGGAGAGCUCCAGUCAUCUGGGAUAACAUUCAUGCUAACGAUUAUGAUCAGAAGAGGCUGUUUCUUGGGCCAUAUAAAGGUCGGUCGACUGAACUCAUCCCUCGACUGAAGGGAGUCCUGACCAAUCCAAACUGUGAAUUUGAAGCCAAUUAUGUUGCUAUUCAUACACUUGCAACUUGGUACAAAUCCAACAUGAAUGGAGUGAGGAAAGAUGUGGUGAUGACUGACACUGAAGACAGUACAGUAUCAAUCCAGAUUAAAUUGGAAAAUGAAGGGAGUGAUGAAGAUAUUGAAACUGAUGUCCUGUAUAGCCCUCAAAUGGCUCUGAAGCUGGCCUUAACAGAGUGGCUGCAGGAGUUUGGGGUACCUCACCAAUACAGCAGUAGGCAAGUGGCCCACAGCGGUGCUAAAACCAGCGUAGUUGAUGUGGUGCCUCUGGUUGCGCCAUCUUCUCUAAACGCAACAACUGUGGUUACUACUGUUUACCAAGAGCCCAUCAUGAGUCAGGGAGCAGCACUGUCCGAUGAGCCACCAGCACUAGUCAAGGAGGAAGAAAAGAAGCAGUCUGAGGAGGAACCAAUGGACAUGGUCGUGGAAAAACUAGAGGACACAGACAAGAAUGUUAAUCAAAUACUGACCGAUAUUGCUGAAGCUAAAAUGUCUGAGGAGUUAAAACCAAUGGAUACUGAUAAAGAGAGCAUAGCUGAAUCUAAGUCCCCAGAGAUGUCUAUGCAGGAAGACUGUGGUAGUGACAUUGCCCCUAUGCAGACUGAUGAGCAAAUGAAUAAGGAACAGUUUGUGCCUGGGCCAAAUGAGAAGCCUCUCUACACAGUAGAACCAGUGACUCUAGAGGAUCUGCAGUUACUUGCUGACUUGUUCUACCUUCCUUAUGAACAUGGGCCCAAAGGUGCCCAGAUGCUGAGAGAGUUCCAGUGGCUCAGAGCAAAUAGCAGUGUUGUCAGUGUUAACUGUAAAGGAAAGGACUCUGAAAAAAUUGAAGAAUGGCGCUCCCGAGCAGCCAAGUUUGAAGAGAUGUGUGGAUUGGUCAUGGGAAUGUUCACUCGCCUCUCCAACUGUGCCAACAGGACGAUCCUUUAUGACAUGUACUCCUACGUCUGGGAUAUCAAGAGUAUCAUGUCAAUGGUGAAGUCUUUUGUGCAGUGGUUAGGGUGUCGUAGUCAAUCUUCAGCACAGUUCUUAAGUGGAGACCAAGAACCCUGGGCCUUUAGAGGUGGUCUAGCAGGAGAGUUCCAGCGUUUGCUGCCUAUUGAUGGGGCAAAUGACCUCUUUUUUCAGCCACCUCCGUUGACUCCAACUUCCAAGGUUUACACUAUCAGACCCUACUUUCCAAAAGAUGAGGCAUCGGUGUAUAAGAUUUGCAGAGAGAUGUAUGAUGAUGGAGCUGAUCAACCUUUCCAUAGUCAGCCAGACUUAAUUGGAGACAAGUUAGUGGGAGGCCUGCUUUCCCUCAGUCUGGAUUACUGCUUUGUCCUUGAAGAUGAGGAUGGCAUAUGUGGCUAUGCUUUGGGCACUGUCGAUGUAACGCCCUUCAUUAAAAAAUGCAAAAUUUCUUGGAUCCCUUUUAUGCAGGAAAAGUACAGUAAGCCAAAUGGUGAUAAAGAACUGUCUGAAGCAGAGAAAAUAAUGUUGAGUUUCCAUGAAGAGCAGGAAGUAUUGCCAGAGACAUUCCUCGCCAAUUUCCCGUCGCUGAUAAAGAUAGACAUCCACAAAAAAGUGACUGACCCAAGUGUGGCCAAAAGCAUGAUGGCCUGCCUGCUGUCCUCUCUGAAAGCUAAUGGCUCCCGUGGGGCUUUUUGUGAAGUGAGACCAGAUGAUAAAAGAAUCCUGGAAUUUUACAGCAAGCUGGGUUGUUUUGAAAUAGCUAAAAUGGAGGGAUUUCCAAAGGAUGUUGUUAUCCUUGGAAGGAGUCUGUGAAGUCCUUGACAAUGAACUGUUCGAAUACUGUAGUCCCUUAACAGCUGGGCGGGUGGUGGUGGGGAUCUUCAUAUGGUCUAACUGCACAAACACAGCAGUCAGCCAACUUGCUAGAAGGGGCUAUGUGAAAAUCCACCCAUCACACAUUUCAAACGUUAACUUGUUGGAUGAAGAGAUUGCUGCUGAAAACCCAGUUCUGAAAAAGAGAAACCUUGUUGUCGUCCUUUCCUGGGCUUGUGUGAAGUGCCAAGGAAUCUUGCGUGGGCUGUAUCCUCCGGGAGGAGCCCCCCCUUCCUGCCCAGUGACGUGGUUGGUAGCAGUUCUUUGCAUCCAUAUAUGCAGUUAACAGAAUGGUGUUCUUUUUCUGGAGUAACUGUUAAGAUCUGAUUUUCUUUUUCCCUGUGUCAUACAGCAGGAUGUGAGGAGGGAGGGGUGUAAUUGGGGUACUUCAUGUUACAGAGAUGGGAAGGAUUACUUGUGUCAGUCAGCAAUUUAAAGACCGGUAUUGACGGUUCUGUUUUUGGCUAUCUUUAUGCUUGUUUAUAAGGCAGUGACCAGUUGUCACUGCUAAUGACCAUUGGUUCAGGCUUUGUGCUUUGUAGGGACAAAUGUGCAGUUGUCUGUGGCAAAAGUCACUAAUGACAGACUUGUAAAUGUCAGUGUAUAUAAACUAGCUGUAUGCUUAAUAACUUCUUUGUGUUUGCUGGUUUUGUAAUUUUUUUCUUCUGAAAAGUGAAAUGGUAUUGGUCCAAGAUGGCACUUUUGACUAACGUCAAACCACAAUGGAGAAUGACUCUGUCCUCGGCGUUGGCUUUUUGUACUGUGCCUCAUACCCAGGGCUAGAAACUGACCAUGUUGGGUAAGAGGUGCUGAUCCAGAAGGAUCAUUCCUUCAGAGGACAGGCAGUUCUGUUGCAAGGCUGCCACUGCCUGGUGCUAUCAUCAUUCUCCUGGGACUGAACCAGCAAUUCAGUGGGAGGCCUGCUGAACCUGUUAAUUUUGGUGGCAGUCUCAAAGAGGAGGUGGAUGGAGGAAGUGAGAGGGAACUGGUCCAUGGUCAGGAUUUGUCCUUGGAUCAGUCUCCUGCUUCAAAGACUGUUCAUACUGGUUUGACUAAAUCAGGGUCUUCAAAUCCUGCAUGUUUGUAUCAAAGAAUUUUUGUAGAAGAAACAUCACAAUAAGCACAUUUUUACAAAUUAUUUAAAUGGUUACCUAAUUAAUGUAACUGCAGAUAUUCUGAGAGUUUAAUGUUUUUACCCAGAUCUGAUGUAUUUGACUAAUGUGAUGGAGCCAGCAUGGUUAGGGGAUCUGGUAGUGAGGUAGUCACACCAUUUGUGGGGGUUAUUGAUUUUUCUGUAGAAGCCCUGUGUUCCAGAGAUGUAAUUGGCCAAUAAUAUACCCUUUACAUUACAUUACAUUACCUUACUAAUUUCACCUGCUACCAUCAACUGUGUUUACCUUCCUUCUUUUUAAAUGUCCCUCUUGGUUUUGGUGGCAAACAAAAGACAUUCAAGUCCUUAUUUAAGCUCCCAUCUGUGUAGCUUUGAAGAAGUUUUACAAGCUAUAACAAAUGGCAUUAGACUGCAGUAAUGUCUGCAACCUGUAAGGAGAAGCUAACGUUUGGCCUUCCGGUGCAGUCACAUAGGAUAUUUUUCUUUUUCAGAAUGUGAAUAAUUUUUUAAUUUAGUAGCGAAGUAUUUAAGUUUAAACAAGUUCAUUUCAUUUACAGAGAGAGGUAUAGGGUCAUGCUAUGGGAUCUCAUGUAAAUCAGAGCUGAAUGUCACUAGUUUUAAUACAGCUUUGAGUAAGUAGCUGAUCCCUUGGUCUUAGCAGGUGGAAGAGUUGUGUGGUUUUGUUUUUUUGUGUUUUUUUUUUUUUUUUUAUGGAUACCAGAGUCAACUUACUCCUUGAUCUGGAUUCAUAGCAUUACAGGAUAGGAUGCUUGUGGCCUUAUAUCUUGGCUUUAAGGAGUUGCCACAAUCUUUUCCUAUGAAUUUUAUUGUUACAGAAGUUAGUUGUACAAACGGAUGGAAUGUCCAGGCCAAUACCAUCACUCUAGGAUUGUAAAGUGAUAAGUUGACAUAUCUUUCAUGGUUAUGAAUUUUCAUUAAGGUUGGAAUGCCACUUUCAUUAAUCUGUUUUUAGAUCAACAGUAUCUGUAGCAGAAAAAUGAGCUGUAAAACUGUAUUUGAAGACCAUGCAAGAAAUAGAAUAAAAAUAGAGAAGUGAAUGUAAA